CUGGUCGCCUUUUUUGUGUAGUGAGAAUUGCUCGUGCCGAACAGAUAGCGUGUUUGUCCGUCGAGCACAGUUGUACAUAUAUUUAUUCUUGAGUGCGGAUUUGGGACACAGGCAUGGCGAAGGUGCCCGCUAUUGGUAUUGAUCUUGGAACGACCUAUUCCUGCGUUGGAGUCUUCCAGCAUGGGAAGGUCGAAAUCAUCGCCAACGACCAAGGAAAUCGUACCACGCCGAGCUAUGUCGCGUUCACGGACACUGAGCGACUCAUAGGAGACGCGGCGAAGAACCAAGUGGCCAUGAACCCCAACAAUACGGUGUUUGACGCCAAACGUCUGAUCGGGCGACGCUUUGACGACCCUAAUGUCCAGAGUGACAUGAAGCAUUGGCCGUUCGAGGUCAUCAGCGAUGGCGGCAAACCAAAGAUCCAGGUCGAGUACAAGGGCGAGACCAAGUCCUUCUUCCCCGAAGAGAUCUCGUCUAUGGUCCUGAUCAAGAUGAAAGAAAUCGCCGAGGCGUACCUGGGCAAGACAGUCACCAACGCGGUGGUCACUGUACCCGCCUACUUCAACGACUCGCAGAGGCAGGCCACGAAGGACGCUGGCACCAUUGCCGGCCUGAACGUCCUCCGAAUCAUCAACGAGCCCACCGCGGCCGCCAUCGCCUACGGCCUUGAUAAAAAGGGCACGGGCGAGCGCAACGUGCUCAUCUUCGACUUGGGCGGCGGCACGUUCGAUGUGUCCAUUCUUACCAUCGAGGACGGCAUCUUCGAGGUCAAGUCCACGGCCGGUGACACCCACUUGGGCGGCGAGGACUUCGACAACCGCAUGGUGAACCACUUCGUCCAGGAGUUCAAGCGCAAGCACAAGAAAGACCUCACGGUGAACAAGAGGGCCCUCCGUCGACUCAGGACUGCCUGCGAGAGGGCCAAGAGAACGCUGUCUUCGAGCACUCAGGCGAGCAUUGAGAUCGACUCCCUGUUUGAGGGCGUGGACUUCUAUUCCACCAUCACUCGUGCCCGCUUUGAGGAGCUGAAUGCUGACCUCUUCCGUAGCACCCUGGAGCCCGUGGAAAAGGCUCUGCGUGAUGCCAAGCUCGACAAGUCUCAGGUUCACGACAUCGUCCUUGUUGGCGGCUCAACACGUAUCCCCAAGAUCCAGAAACUCUUGCAGGACUUCUUUAAUGGCAAAGAGUUGAACAAGUCCAUCAAUCCUGAUGAGGCAGUCGCAUACGGUGCUGCUGUCCAGGCUGCUAUUCUCAUUGGUGACAAAUCGGAACAAGUCCAGGAUCUGCUGCUGCUGGAUGUCACACCUCUGUCGCUUGGUAUCGAGACAGCCGGUGGAGUCAUGACUGUUCUCAUUAAGCGCAACACAACCAUUCCCACUCGCCAGACACAGACCUUCACAACCUACUCCGACAACCAGCCUGGUGUGCUCAUCCAGGUGUUUGAGGGUGAACGGGCCAUGACGAAAGACAACAACUUGCUUGGCAAGUUUGAGCUCACUGGCAUUCCUCCUGCACCCCGCGGUGUGCCACAGAUCGAGGUCACUUUUGACAUUGAUGCCAACGGCAUCCUCAACGUUUCUGCUGUGGACAAGAGCACUGGUAAGGAGAACAAGAUCACCAUCACGAAUGAUAAAGGUCGCCUGUCAAAGGAGGAGAUUGAGAGGAUGGUCAAGGAUGCUGAGAAAUACAAGGACGAGGAUGACAAGCAGAAGACUAGGAUUUCUGCCAAGAAUGCCCUGGAAAGCUACUCCUUCAAUGUCAAGUCGACAGUUGAGGAUGAGAAGCUGAAGGAUAAGAUAUCCGAUGAAGACCGUCAGAAGAUACUGGACAAAGUGCAGGAGACCAUCAAAUGGCUCGACUCCAACCAAUUGGCCGAAAAGGAAGAAUACGAGCACCGGCAGAAGGAGUUGGAGCAGAUCUGCAACCCUGUCAUCACAAAGUUGUACCAAGCAGGCGGCAUGCCUGCUGGUGGCUUCCCAGGUGCAGGAGCUGCUGGUGCCGGUGCAGCGCCUGGUGGAGGUGCCGGAAGUGGGCCAACGAUUGAGGAGGUCGACUAAGUAAAAAAAAAAAAAAAAACUGUUCAUUGAAAUUGUACAUGUCCACAAGAGUCCUUUUACUUUUCAGUGUUCAUUUGACCAAUAAAAGCUUUUGUGUUAACUGGC